AUGUUCGGAGUAUUUCAUCUCCCCGAGUCAAAUCCCGCGCCUGUUCACUCGAUCACCCCACCUGAGGACAGACAUGAAUCACCGUUGGAUUUGCUCCGCCUCAAACGACCAAUGGAAACAAGACGCUAUCCGGAAAGAGGUUCCGCUGGCGAAUUCAUAUUAAUGCGUCAUCGAGGCAGACGGAAGCCGCGUAUUCUGUUCACUCAGGCACAAAUCUAUGAGUUGGAGCACCGAUUCAAACAACAACGGUAUCUCUCUAGUAACUCAUUACAUUAUCGAUUUAUGCAGGUGAAAAUUUGGUUCCAAAAUCGACGAUAUAAAGUGAAGCGACAAGCCCAAGACAAAAGUAUUGAAGAAGUCACCGCCUUGCAGCAUAGCGUGAACUGUGCAUCCAAUACGGAACAAUUUUCCUUUUCUGAUACACGAAUAAGUGGAGAUAAGAACUUGCCAACCACAAGUACCAAACAAGACAAACAUUCAUCCAGCUGGACUCAGUUUCUUACAUCUACCUACGGACCCGGUACAAGUAAACCCGAACCCUCGGGAAUGCAACAUUUUUCCAAUUGGCAAGAACGUUACAAUCCAUGCUCAAUGCCUUCAUUCUUUGGAGAACGAUGGUCUUUGACUGGAUCGAGCAGUUUACACCCAUGGUCACCAUUCACUACAUCUCCGACGCCGAUGCUCGAAACUGAGUCCGUUAUGCUGCCAACGAACUCCCCUCACUCCAGAGAAACAGCGGAUGCCAUAUCCGACCAACAAACAUCCUUGGACAACUCGUUGUGCGCGACAUGGGAGAACGGCUUCACACUGACCCGCAUUCAUGCUCUACAGACUGCUGCACACAAUCCACCAGUAGGUUACUCUCAACCAGACUGGAACUCAAAUCCGCAAGAUUCUUUAUAUAACCCCCAAUUCACCGGUCAAAAUCUGAUAGACUACUUGGCCAUGGCUGGAUGGAAAACGAAAUCACAAUGUCAAGCGGAAAAUCCCUACACACAAAAGUACUCCGCCAAUGAUGAUUUCGAUAUGGUAUCAGGCGCGCACAAAGAGAUUAAUGAACAUCCUUUCGCUAAUUUGACGCACACAUUUAAGACCAGUGAUAUUAACUGUUUAGAAGAUAACUCGUUCUGCAAUACAGUCAACCACCACAGCAUAACACCCAUUUAUCAGAAACUGAAUCACAGUAUGCAAUCUUGGACGUCCGGUUACGCAAACCCCGGUUAUGAUUAUUUUGGAUAUUUAAGUGGUGAAACUAAUUCACUCCAGAUGGCUCGCUCAAAACGAUGGGAUGAGCAAUUGAAUUGUAUACAUGUCCCACAUGCACAAGUGAUUCGCGCAGCGGAACCAAUUGACACUUCGAUCGACGCUCAUUGUUUGUAUAGUUCAUAUGAUUCUGUUCCAGAAGGGAUAGAAUCUUGUCCAGAACAGGUUGAGGAUGGAUAA